AUGAUUGCUGUAAUAGAAACUGAAAACCAAGCAUUGAGAUGGUUGAAUAAAGCUAAAAGAAAUGAAUUUCUUGUAUUUGAAAAUAAUUACGACACAUUCACAAAAGAAAAAAUAAUCGAAAACUCACCUGAUAUCGUAUUAAAAAAAGUUUAUUCAAAUAAAAUACAUAGAAGAUUUUCUUUAUUGAAUUUAAAAUUAAAUGAUUUAUACACAAUUAAAGAAUUUUUACAAGAUCAUCAAAGAAUUCAAAAUCAUGAAAACAUUAUAAAUUUUUAUGGAAUAUUUGAAGACUCGACUCAAGAAAAUAUUUAUUCGUUAAUUCUUGAUUAUACUAAAGACAAUUUGCACGAAUAUCUAAGCACUAAUGAUUUGUCAUGGACACAAAAAUUAAAACUUGCUAAAGAAUUAACAUCUGCGUUAUAUUGCUUACACGUUAAUAAUAUCGUUCAUGGUGGCCUGACAUCUAAAAAUAUAAACAUCCUUGAUGGCUGUUGGAGAUUUGAAUCUGAGGAACGUCCUGAUAUUGAACAAGUUUUAGAAUGCAUUAAAUUAAAUUCACCUAUAGAUUAUAACAAUUAA